CUUCAAGCCUCUUGUURAUCAAAGCAAGGCAUUCACCAUGCCUUUGAAGGGCAGAAAGACAAGCAACACUAAAGAAAAAAAGCAAUGUAAUCAUAAAAGACGAGAAGAACAAGAUGUUUAAUACAGAGGAAUACCAGAAAAAAAUGCUUGCUCGAAGGCCAGCUCUUGUUGUCUUGGAAACGGUUGCCACAAUUUUGAUCACCGUCACAGCGUUGCUAGGCAACCUCAUGGUUUGCUUGGCCGUGUAUCGAAGCAAGAAGUUGCGUACCGUUCCUAACUUGUACAUCAUUGCCUUGGCUGUGCUUGAUAUUUUAAUGGCGACUAUCUGUAUGCCGUUGUCAAUCGAAGCCUUUAUCACCGGAAAUUUCCCGCACGGGAGAGUCGUUACACAUUUUCAAGGAUCGUUUGCCUUCUCCUUGCCCAUCGCCUCGCUUCAACUCAUGACAGCAAUGGCAAUAAACCGGUUUUACCGGAUUGUCAAGCCGGUAUUGUUCCGGAAGUACUUUUCUCUUUAUAGGACUGUUCUAUCGUUGGUCAUAAUCAUGAUUCUUGCUACGCUCGGCCCGUGUCUGCCGUUGAUCAUCGGCUUUGCUAAMUAUUCAUUCCACUACGGGAAAGUGCUUUCGUACCUCAACUACUCUACUCCACUAGCCGCCUACAUCUACACUAUCUUCCUCAAGAUCUUCUACAUUGCUAUCCCCGCACUUAUAACUUUAUUCUGCUACUACAGAAUCUACGUUAAAGUGAAAAACCACAAAAACGGAUUGAUGGCCAACCAACGUAACAACUUUGUAUCUAGAGGCUGCGGUCUGUCCAUGAAUGUAGAAGAAAUUACCAUCACCAAGCCCCUUUUCGCUGCUGUCCUUGGGUUCGUAGCCUGUUGGACGCCCGUCGCUGUUAUCGAUAUGCUGGACACGUUCACGCACCAUACCAUGCACCAUCCUAGACAGGUUUAUUUGUUUUAUCUGUUAAUGGGUUACGCAAGCAGUUCUAUUAACCCACUYAUUUACGGCCUUCUCAACCGAUCUUUCAAGAAAGAGUUCAUCAAGAUGUUUCAACUCACAUUCCGCUCUCAGCGGUUAAAUGUCAAUAAUAUUGAACCCUCGCAUGCAACGAACAUGAAUGCCACCACUGGUCAGAAUAACGUCGGUGCUCUGCAAAGAAUGGUGUCCUUGACAAUGCCUCGGCAUUCAGUAAUCAAUAUGAACUCGAGCACCGCUGGUGGGGUCAACACACAGGUUGUUUCAGGGCUCGAUGUGUAAGUUUGUCGUGUCCUGACUUAAAUCAGCCAGGCUGCUUCAGGGCUAGGGGCUAGAUCUGUGAGUUAGGCUUGUCCUAACUUUACAGAUCAGCCCAAAGCUAGGUUGUUCCAGGGUUUGAUCUGUGAGUUUGCCGUUCCUUGACUUAGAUCAGCCCAAAGUUUGUUACAGGCUAGGAUAAGGAAUUUUAGUUAGACUUACAGGAAAUCCUGGCAUAGGACUAAUAAGACAGAACUUUGGUUCUUUUAACUUAUAUCUAAAGUCCCCGCUGGUCGAUGAAUUUUGGCACAGUGGAAUGAUACUAAUGAAUCAAUGGACAGUUCUUUGGCGUAUAAUCAUCACAAUCGAUUAUCAAAAGUAGUUUAUCCAUACUACCAAAUCCUUAAAACUUGACAAACUGAAUGUAGAUAAUUGAUGACAGGAUAAUGAUAUCAGCUCAGUAUAAUGAACCAAACUGACUGAUAAUGUAACUGUUGAACAACAUUAUUGCCUUGCCUUUUUUGUCUGUUUAUAGCCACCCCCUAUUCAGCGUCUUCCCCCUUGAUUUAAUACCAGGUUAUCUCGUGCACGCACUUCCGGUUACUAUUAACCAAUCCGUGAUCAGAAGCAUUUUCGUUGCAUCGCCAAAAGUUCCAUGAUGAUAUUUCACCGAUUUGCAUGGCAUCAACUAAAAUCAUUUGUUCAGUUCAGCCAAUCAGUGGCCAUCACAUGAUGGUGGCUCACCAUAGAAACCUAACAUCCCGGAUGUACUUUACAUUCAGUUCAGCCAAUCAGUGGCCAUCACAUGAUGUUGGUUCACCAAAGAAACCAAACAUCCCGGAUGUAAUUUACAUAAAGUCGUUAAAAGAGACCGCGACCUUCAAGAUGUGACUUGCGUAAUCGAUUGGUUGGCUGCAGAUUGAUAUAGAACUGGGCUUCGCCGCUGAGAGCUAACUACAUACAAGACAGUCGAAAAGGUGAGCCCGUUAAACAAGAAACAACA